GCCGUGCACGCACGGAGGGGGAAACUGCAGGCAGUGUUUAAUUUUUUUUAAAUGUAUUUAUUCACCCUGUCUGCCUUCCAAUUUUGUAUAUCUUUGUGUACGUUUCCCGUUGGUUAAUGAACGUUGCAGUUAGUUCUGACUGUAGAUUUAGCAGGCUAGCGACUCUUGAUUGUCUAUAGCCUGGCAUAGAACUUCCCGUCAUAGAGAAGAACGCAGACGGAAAGAGCGAGCAGCUGAAAAGGGAACCAAUAGGUUGUCAAUGAGAACAGAGUUCAAUUUAUACGGGGAACGGACGGACAAACAAGUUGAUAUAUCAUUGUUCUGUUUCAGUAGAUUAAAUAGUUCUCGACUUGGCUUGGCUGACUGAAUCUGCGUUUUAUGCCUUGCUGAUCAACCCAGCUGCUGCAGCUUGCCGGAGUGUCGCGGAGGCUUGAGCCAACCACUGGUUGGGGGGUUUAAUGGGAGCCUGGUUUCGAUAGAACUCCCUUCUCCCCCCGACGGGAUCCUCGCUCGAAUUCGACUCGGGCGCUGUCUUCGCCGGGGGGUGCUGGUUUUUGGUCAGUCCUACUGGGGAAGGAGGGCGGUCCCCCCCAGCACCGACUGUCGCUCUGGCCGACCCUGGUGGAGCCUAAUAUGGCAGGAAACCUGAAGAAAGGCGGAGGUCUAAUCGGUAUGAUGAAGGACGCCUUUCAGCCCCAUCAUCACCACCUCCAGUCCCAUCACCAACCUGGGGCUGUUGACAAAAAGACGGUGGAGAAAUGCUGGAAACUAAUGGACAAGGUGGUGAGACUGUGCCAGAACCCCAAGCUGGCCCUGAAGAACAGCCCGCCUUACAUCCUGGACCUGCUGCCAGACACCUAUCAACACCUCCGCACCAUCCUGUCCCGCUAUGAGGGCAAGAUGGAGACGCUCGGCGACAAUGAGUACUUCCGCGUCUUCAUGGAGAACCUGACCAAGAAGACCAAGCAGACCGUCAGCCUGUUCAAGGAGGGCAAGGAACGCAUGUACGAGGAGAACUCGCAACCCAGACGGAACCUGACCAAGCUGUCACUGAUCUUCAGUCACAUGCUGGCCGAACUCAAAGCCAUUUUCCCCAAUGGCCUGUUCCAGGGCGACAACUUCCGGAUCACCAAGGCCGACGCUGCGGAGUUCUGGAGACGAUCGUUUGGCGACAAGACUAUAGUUCCUUGGAAGGUGUUCCGCCAGGCGCUGCAUGAGUUUCAUCCAAUCAGCUCGGGUCUGGAGGCCAUGGCCCUUAAAUCCACCAUCGACCUCACCUGCAACGACUACAUCUCCGUCUUUGAGUUUGACAUCUUCACCCGGCUCUUCCAGCCCUGGUCAUCUCUGCUGAGGAACUGGAACAGCCUGGCGGUGACUCACCCGGGCUACAUGGCUUUCCUCACCUACGACGAGGUCAAGGCCCGGCUGCAGAAGUUCAUCCACAAGCCUGGCAGCUACAUCUUCAGGCUGAGCUGCACGCGUCUCGGCCAGUGGGCCAUUGGCUACGUCACGGCUGAUGGGAACAUCCUCCAGACCAUCCCCCACAACAAGCCCCUCUUCCAGGCCCUCAUCGACGGCUUCCGGGAAGGAUUCUACCUGUUCCCAGACGGGCGGACCCAGAACCCAGACCUGACCGGACUGUGUGAGCCCUCACCCCAGGACCACAUCAAAGUCACCCAGGAGCAGUAUGAGCUGUACUGUGAGAUGGGCUCCACCUUCCAGCUGUGCAAGAUCUGCGCGGAGAACGACAAGGACGUGAAGAUCGAGCCGUGCGGUCACCUCAUGUGUACCUCCUGCCUCACCGCCUGGCAGGAGUCGGAGGGUCAGGGCUGCCCAUUCUGCCGCUGCGAGAUCAAGGGCACGGAGCCCAUCGUGGUGGACCCCUUCGACCCCAAGGACAACAGCGGGGUGUCCUAUGGCAGCUGCAGGAGCACGUUUGGGGCGGAGGGCGCUCCGUCUCCCAGCUACGACGAUGACGAAGAUGACCGGUUGGAAGACCCCCAUCUGAUGAUGAGCAAGCUGGCCUGUUCCAAGGUGGAGCGCCCCCCCUCGCCCAUGUCUGUGGCCCCUCAGUCUUCCCUGCCCCCCGUGCCCCCCCGGCUGGACCUUCUGCAGCACCGCCCCCCCAACCCCCCCGGAGCAUCCAGCCCAGGGGCCACAUCAAAGGCGUCCUCCCACCACAAAGACAAGCCAUUGCCCCCGCCCCCAGCCUUGAGGGACCUGCCGCCGCCCCCUCCCCCGGAAAGACCUGUCUCGGCUGGGCCCGAUGGGCGGCUCGGCAGACGGCCCCUGCCUUGCACCCCCCCAGGAGAGGCCAAGCUACCCCUCUCUGCCCCGCUCAACCGUAACAUGGUUGACUGGAACCCCAGGCCGGUGCCCAAGGCCCCUGGACAACCUCCCGGACUGGGGGACACGCGAGGCGUCCGCGAGCUCUCCAACCGGCACUCCCUCCCCCUGGCCCUGCCCUCGGCCCUGGACGGACGCGCAGACACACAGAGGAACAACAGCUCUCUCAGUCUGGACCACCAGCUGAGUUUUGGAGGCACAGCAGCUGGCAGUCACGAGUAUGACAACCCCAAAGUGAAGCCCUCCGCUUCCGCCAAUGCCAUCUACACUCUGGCGAUUAGAGCCCAUCCUGGUCUGCCGGCUGUGACGGGGGAGGGGCCCCUCGAGAACGACGAGGAGUCGGAAUACAUGACCCCCACCUCUCGGCCCUCCCUGGCAGCGGCGGCGGUGGUGGAGACCCCGGUCCCCAGACCCUCACUCCCUGCCGGUCCCAAUCCGCGGCCCGUACCCAACGACCUGGGCGAGGAACCUCAGAUGUAUGAAGCCAUGUUUAACAUCCAGGCCCAGGCCGUCUCCAGCUCACUGCCUCACCAACCCAGUGCCUCAGAUUACUCUGAGCUACCCCCUCAGCCCAGUACCAACGGGCCCGUUUGGGACGCCCUGUGUCCUGUCAGGGAGCCCCCCUGCGCUGUAAGUGAGGAGCUGGAGGAGGAGAACGGCUACGACUUCCCGAAACCGCCGUUGCCUGUGGCCCCGGCCCGGCGCACCCUCUCUGAGCUGGGGGCUGCCUCCGUCAGCAGGCUGUCCGUGGACAGUGAGGGAGGAGCGUCCAUCUGUAAGCCUCUCACCUGGUUAUACAGUCCUGUGUGGGGUCAGGGGUCGGAAGCCUUCUCUGAGUCGAACGAAGCCCCGGAGAGGCCGCCCAAGCCCCUCCCCCGCCGCAUCAACUCCGAGCGCCGGCCCAGCCCUGUACCUCCUGGCUCAGGCCCCGGUGGAGCAGGAGGAGACGGAGUAGCAGCCAACCCCCAGAUCACCGGCGAGAUUGAGCACCUCAUGAGCCAGGGCUACUCAUACCAGGACAUCCAGAAAGCCCUGAUGAUUGCACAGAACAAUGUCGAGAUGGCCAAGAAUAUCCUGCGCGAGUUUGUCUCCAUUACCUCCACGGAUCACGUCCUAACAUAGCAACCUCCCCAGCUCAGCCCCAAAGCCCAAACGUCUGCCGUAUUGGCGCUCUAGGGCUCAUUUCAGCCACUGCAGUGUCAGGUGCCGUCUCAUGAACUAGCUCUCUGCUGACUGUGUGACUCAGAGCCCUGCACUUCCUGUGCUUUUUCAAAGUGUCCACGCUACAGGGCCAAUGUCUCUACCAUGGGUUAAAGUAAUGAUAAUGGCUAAUCGCGCAACUGAAGUUUUUACCGGCUUUGACAGUUGUUUUUGUGUCCUCUUGAGGCCCCUCUACCAAAAUGUAACCAACACCUCGCAAAAAAUGUGUGUAUGUCUAUAAGAAUUUAAUAUAUAACAAGAUACCGUGCCAGUCAGAGGUUUGGACACUUAACCAUUCAUUUGGGCCAUACACAUCGUGUGUAGAGAUGUGAUGGCUGAUCCAGCUCAAGAUUUAGCUCCACACUUUUGACUGGUGCUGUAUAUAUUAAAUGUGUAUUGGGUUUAGGUGUAUGUAUGUAUGUAUCUAUAUAUGUAUAUAUUUUUUUACCUUGGUAUAUAUGUGUGUGUGUGUAUGUAUAUGCAUAUAUAUGUGUGUAUAUGUGUGUGUACAUACACACGUGCAUUCAUACAUACAUACACAUUUUCUAAUGGGUUCAGCUUCAGUGUUUUUUUUUUUUCUUGUCACUUAUUCUAAGGAUUACGAAGGACAAAGAUGGCGGUUCUUUGCGUCCGCUCCAAAGCAGAGAGCACCCUUCUCUAGUCCCCAACCCUUACUGGGGAGAGAAUUCAGAAGCAGCUGUUUCCUUGAGUCAUUACAGAACAAUUGGCAAAAUGUCAGAAUGACCUUUAUUCAUGUUGUGGUGGUACUUUUGAAAAGAGAAAUUUGUUUCACUCAACGUGGCAUGAUAUGAAGGUGAGGUCUGGACAGGUGUGUAAAGUGUGUGUGUAAAGUGUGUGUGUAAAGUGUGUGUGUAAAGUGUGUGUGUGUGUGUGUGUGUGUGUGUGUGUGUGUGUGUGUGUGUGUGUGUGUGUGUGUGUGUGUGUGUGUGUGUGUAAGGUGCAUGGGUGUGUAAGGUGCAUGGGUGUGUAAGGUGUGUAUGUGUAAGGUGCAUGGGUGUGUAAGGUCUGUACGUAAUGUGUGUUGGGUCAUGGACACAGCAUGUAGAGAUGUAUGAUUGCUGAUCUAGCUUUAGUUUUGGUAGCGUCGUUCUGUACUGCCCCUUAUCAUUGCAUCACUGAAACUGAUGUUUUUGGUGGUUCCCUGAUGAACACGGCUCCUGGAGGAAGUCCUGUCUCCACUGUAGUCAUGCAAAUGUGUGAUAGGAACUCCAGAUGAUUUCUGUGUUAGAAUGAUUGUCAGGGUGGCUCAACCUUCCUCUCUCUCAUUAUGUCUCUCUCUCUCUCUCUGUCUCUCUCUCUGUCUCUCUCUCUGUCUCUCUCUCUGUCUCUCUUUCUGUCUCUGUCUAUUUUUCUUUAUCCUCUGUAAAACCACCGCCCCCCAGUCUCCCAAUAUCUUCCCUUCCUUUGCAAAGUGAAUGUGGAACUAAUAUAUUGCUCAAAGACUGUUUUUUUCCCUAAAAUGUAGUGCUUUCUAAGCAUGCUGUUUUCUAACACGACUUUGAAUGGAAGUAGGGAAGUGUACUGAAGUAUAAUAGUGAGGGAAAAUGACUGACUGAUUCUGUUGAAGGACCAGUAUCGGGCCAAGAUUCUCUGACCCACGUUGACAAAGAAACAACAUGUACACAAGGAGAGUUUGUCCGAAACGUGCACCCAAGCUGUUGUGAAAAAUGUUUUGUCAUUGAUUACUUUAAUAAUAUAUUAUUAUUAUUAUUAUUAUUAAUUCUAAAGUGCUUUACUGCUGCUACUAUUGUUAGUGCUAAACAAUUAAGCCUUAAAUGUACAUUUGUUAAUAUUGUUUAACCUCUCUUUUUUUUUUAAAUUGACAGUAUCUCAUUUGUAUUCCUAAUUUGGUGAUGUAGCAUACUUGAAAAUUCAAGCAGCUUGGGUUGUGUGAUUCAAGCUGACCUCAGUUGUUUGCCCGUCUCCAGGAUGGUCUUGGACUGGACACCCUUUGGAUGAGUUAACAGUGGUAUCGGCAAAGGCACUGUCAGCACUUCGUCCUAAGUGGUACCAUCAGUGGUUCCUGAAGCAGUGUCAUAACCAUUUGGAUGUUUCUUGAACAUGAUGCCUCCUGCGUAAAGGAGAGUAGUUCUUAUCUAAAUGGAAUGUUUGGAACAUGAGACGCACAAACCCAAGACAUUGACCAGUUGCAGAACGUAAAAUAGGAAGGAAAGUUGAUCAUUCUUUUGAACUCUCAUUAAAUUUGUUCGCACAGUGAGCAGGGUGACUGUACAUGUUGUUGUUUUUUUCAGUAGAGAUAUCACAGCAGGGUUUGUCUUUCAGGAUGUGUGGGUUAUAUUCUCAGAUUUUCCGUUGUUACACGCGCUCCGGUUGAUGGAGGACGUCUGUAUUUCACAAGUGUUGCAAAAUGAUAGAAUACAUCGUCAAAUUCUUAGGUUUCCCUAUAAUCUUCAUUGGAGGAUUUUCUUGCUUGAAGUCUUCCUCUUUAUGUGAAUCUGAUACCAGGGAAACCUUUUCUAUUUUGUGGUGUGUGAACUGGCUCAGAUUCCGAAAUCUUUCUCUCCAUAGGUACUAUUGAGGUACAUUGGCUUCACCCCUAAGUGUGGAGGAACUCUCUGUGAAGCGGAUUUAUGCCAUGGGUUGUGGAAUAAUAGUAUCGACCUGAACUCAUGGUCUCCAUACUGGAAAGCUUUUGUUUUGAGUUUAGGUUAUCUUUCUGCUCUUAGUUUUGACAGAACCGUUGUUUUGAGAGCUCCGUUGAUGACAAGUUUGAAUGCAUUGUGUUCUGUAGGGACGGUUGAAGUUUCAGAAUGGAACUGCUUAUCCUUUCAUUUUGAUUAUUGUACUGAUUCUUGUCUGUAUAUUGAAGUGUUUAUGUACUUUUUUUCCCUGCAUAAAAUACCAAUUUGUGCUUUGAUACUGUCACUUUAAAAACUGAAGUGUAAAGUUAUGGAUUUAAAAGAGUAAGUGGAAAUGGCAAUGUUUUAUUCCUUUUUGCAUUCCUGUACAUCAGAAUUUAAUUUUUUAUUUUGUCCCAAAGGUUAAUGUUUACCUCUGUGAAUAAUUCUUUGAGCUGUGCCAUAUGUUGAGCAGUGGAAUGUCCUCCUGAUGAAAAGAAUAAGGCCUUGUUUGAUGAGAGAAUGUGGUUUCAGUCAGUUGAACUAACAUUUGGCUGUGGUCGUAUUGAUUCUUACCCGUCUGCCUUCUCCACUCUGUGGAUGAUGUCACCAAAUCAAACUACCUUCAGCUAUUGGACUGGUCCAACUGUUUCCCAGAAGAGGGAGCUGUCUUUCCAUUUUGCCCAUGUUUCUCCUCAGCACUCAAGGCCUUUCUUUAACUUUUUGAUGGUUUUUAAUGCUCAUAUCACUUUGGAAGUCUGCACAGUGCUAUACUGUUAAUUAAAUGAAUAGUAAAAAUGA